AUGCGGCCCAUUUUGGGCUGGCUGCUGUAUCUCUUCGCCUUCUUGGAUGCGUCUGAUUCUAAACUCCACGAAGUCGGGCUGCGCGACCCGAUGGAGACGUUGAGCCAUCGAGGGAAGGGAUUAGAUAGCGUUGAACCUAUUCUAUUUGGAGCCAAUUCGACGAAGCAGAAAAUCCCCUCAUUCCGCGAGAUCUGGCAUUGGUUCGCGGAUCCGACGGAAGUUGAAUGGAAGCACACAUGGAUGCAACAGUUUCAUAGGGACCCAAAGGCUGCAAAAAUCGCUACGAAGCCAGCCUCUCAGCAAUUUCUCGGCUACGUAACAGGCCUAAAAACGAUGCGACGGCCAAUGUACAAAAAUGAUGAAAGAACUGGAUUUAACCGCUUAACUGCCUUCCAAAAUGACUAUCGUGAACUUGUAAACAUGCAAUACAUCUAUGAACCGGUCGUCAGCUUGUGGCAAUUGCCAGAUUUUGGAGCGCAAGGCUGCUUCCGUGAACUCGACAAAGCCCAACCGUAUUUCCGCCUGGUCUCCUCCAGCAAGACGAUCAUGAACUUCUACGGCCCGAAAGCCAUUUGCAUGUUCACCGGCGAUGUGGUGGACUUGCACAACGACUACAGCGAGUACGACCCGGAGUUGUCGCCAAAGCGUUGGGCUCGGGAUGUCUCCAAAACGAUGCGCGACUUUGGAUUCGUCGAGUCGAACGAGUGGCUGUUCGCCUACGACGUGCAUAACUUUGGGAACCUCGGAUUCUAUCUAGAGCGACCUCGGCUGUCCGUUUUCGUGAUAUUCUGCCUCGCGGUCCUCACCUGGCUCCGUUACAACUUCGACAUCUCCAUCCUCGACAUUUAUCGUUGCUUGUGCUGGGGCUCACGACCGCGAGCCUACCGUCCGUUCCGAAAGGAUCCUGUGUGCGCUAGACCGGCAAGGAUUAAGAAAAGGCUUUUCGGCCAGCGCAGCACCGCACGCACCACUUCGGAAGUCGCCGAAGAGCUUCGGUUUGAUCAGCAUUAUCCCCGAUAUCCUGGAGACCCCGAAACCGUGCCCGUGUCCCAGAGGAACAUUCAAUGCGCCGUGUGCAACGAGGAGACCACAGUUCCGGGAACUUCCUAUGUUGAGAUUGAAUGUAUCAGCUGCGGUAUCUAUCACGUUGACUGGGUCUGCUACCGGAUGAUGCUUUCGGACCGCGGUCUGGACGCUACUUGUCGUCAGGACCAGCUGAAAUACGACGAAUGCUUGGCCUGGGCUUGCCCCGGUCAUAUCUCUACCAUCCAACGCAUCCACCAGUCUGGGGAGAGGUUGAAGGUUCUAAAACUGGCUAAGCGGACGGCUUCCGGAAGA